CUUUAGCAAUCUUUCUAUAUACAACUCAAUAAGAUUUCUUUCAUGUAAUGUGAGCUCCAGAUUUAUCGAGCAGGCGUAGCCGCUCUCGCCGCCGCCGGCGACAAUGUCCGACCAGCAGCCAGCUGCCCUCCACGCCCCUCCCCCUCGUCUCAUCCCUUUCCCCGCCCUCACCCUUGCCCUCCACAUCCCCAUCUUCCCCAGCAAGCGCACAAAGUCCCCUCCGCCGGCUCCCAGCCCGCCGCGUCCCCUGCUCCUCGCUCGCCAGUUCCCCCCUUUGCCGACGACGACAUCAUAGUGAUCAACCGGGGGCCAACAGCGGAGGCCGUCACCGACGAGGAUAGCGAGGCGGGGGUGACCUCAGACGUGGGCGGCGUCGAGAAGUUCAACUACAUCCUCAUCCGCACCAACAUCCUCGUCUCCCACGGCCACGUCAACUUUGGCGUCGCCCCUGCCAUCAAGAAACGCCUCCCCAAAGGUGCCCACCAAUCUCAACACUUCAUCGUUGUCGGUGCUGGCCUUGCCGCGGCACGGCAUUUGCUGGCGUCCGUGAUCUUAUUGGAGGGACGCAAGAAGAUGGAAGAUGAUGGGCGCUCAGCUGCUGCAUUUGGGAACCCACUCGGGAUUGUGGCUAAGCAGCUCGGCUUGCCUUGCUGAUGCAUUAGAUCAGAGACAAGUGCCCACUGUAUUGGCUGGAUGGGUCACCAGUCGAUCCGGAUGUGGAUAAGGAAGUGGAGGGAACAUAUAACAAGCUUCUUGAUAAUGCCAGCCACCUGCGUGCAGCAAUGGGAGAUGUGGCAAUCUGAUGGGGGUAUCUCCUCACAGGAGAUGAACUUAAUCAAUUGGCAUAUAGCAAUUCAUGAGUACGCCAAUGCAGGAUCAUCUUCAAGGCUUAGCCUUGCAUUUUGGGACCAGGAUGAUACGUAUGACAUGGGUGGGGAUCACUGCUUCUUGCCUGGUGGCAACGGGAGGCUUGUACAUGCCUGGCAGAGAAUGUGCCUAUUGUUUAUGAGAGGACAGUGCACACUAUGUGGUAUGGAGGGGAUGGUGUGCAGGUGGUUGUCAAUGGUGGUCAGGUGUAUGAAGGGGACAUGACGUUGUGCACUGUGCCACCUGCGGUUCUGAAAAAGGGGGUAUCAAGUUUGUACCUGAGCUGCCACAAAGGAGGCUUGAUAGUAUGAGAAAAUUAGACUUUGGAUUGUUAAACAAGGUUGAAUUGUUGUUUCCUCAUGUUUUUUGAGCACCGACCUUGAUACCUUUGGACAUCUGACUGAAAUCCGAGUUGCUGAGGGGAGUUCUUUCUGUUCUAUAGCUAUGCAUGGCUGGUCGUCCGUUGUUUAUGGCAUUGGUUGCUGGUGAAGCUGCCCACUACCUUGAAACCACGCCUCCAACUGACGCUGUCACCUCAGUUCUUGAGAUACCAAGGGGUAUCUAUGAAGCAACAAGGGGUUGAGGUACCAAAUCCUCUACAGAGCGUUUGUACUAGAUGGAGCACAGAGUCUUUCAGUCUGGGUUCAUAUCCGCACAUUGCAGUUGGAGCAUCUGGAGAUGACUAUGACAGGCACAUGCUCUUUCAGUCUAGGUCCAUAUCCGCAUGUAGCUGUUGGAGCAUCUGGAGUUGACUAUGACAUAUUAGCCGAAAGUGUUGGAGAUGGGUGGUUGUUUUUUGCUGGAGAAGCCACCACAAGGCGUUACCCUGCAACAAUGCACGGACCUUUUAUUACGGGCGUACAAGAGGCUGCUAACAUCAGUAUCCAUGCCACCGCCCGAGUAACAAAGACCAAAGUGGAAAAAAGCCCAUCUACGGACGCUCAAGCUUGUGCUAGCUUACUAGUAGACUUGUUUAGGUUACCAGACCUGGAAUUUGGGAGCUUCUCUGUCAUUUUUGGGGGAAAAAGGCUUGGAUCCGAAAUCUCCAGCUAUUCUAAAUGUGGAAGUGUGGAACUAGGUGGCCCUUAGAAAAAAAGUGCAACUAGAGGGGAAAAAGAGCAGCACUUCUCAAACAAAUCGUUGUUUCAGAAGGUACAAUCACAUUUUAACCAACAGCAGCAGCUCUAUAUGUGUACAUUACUAUUGCGGCAGCAGGCUAUGGAGGCUGCACUGCCUCUGUGAAACACUUAGUUGGCAGGAAAAAGGUCUUGGUCCCGGGGCUGAUGCUGUGAUUGCUUCCAUUAAGACCGGAACAGCAGUAGAACUAAAUCUGGCCCCUCGAAGCUGAGAGUGCGGGUUUCUAAACCCCAACAUUUACUAAAUCGUGAUCCUGACUGCUGAUUCUUUUAGGAGACUGGCUGUAUAUAUAAAUUGAUACAGUUGUCUUUGUUGUUCAAUUAUACUUGUGCUUGGAGAUUCAUUUGGAUGGGGCCUCUCCUCAGAUGUGCUCACAAUCUCAUGCCGCAUACUAUAUUUCGGGCAUCUGACCACAUUGCAACUACAUAUGCUGAGCUCAGAGAUGGUACUGCAAAUGCAAAGUCUGGUGGAGGUACCCUUCCAAUUACUGCCAGGAAACUGGAAACAAUAAUUCGUCUAUCUACUGCCCAUGCAAAGAUGAAACUGAGACACGAGGUUCUGAAAACUGAUGUCGAGGCUGCACUGCAAGUUCUGAUUUUUGCAAUAUUCCGCAAGGAAUUGACUGGCAUGGAAGACCGUGAGCAGAGGGAGACUGAGAAACAACAAGCUGAACAAGAUGCAGGUGCAGGUGGUGAUAAUGUAGAUAGGCCUGGAGGAGCAAGUGGUGGCUAUGCAGACGGGUAUGGAAGAUCUGGCAACGACCCAAUGGAUGUGGAUGUAGGCUCAGGCAAUGCAUCAAAUGAUCAGGAUGUUUCUUCAGAGAAUGGAAGCAUUUGAGGCAAUUCUUGGACAGCAUGUGCUGGCAAAUCAUGUUGAUCAAAUGUCCAUUGAUGAAGUUGAGCAAACAGUCAACCAAGUAGAGUUCAUCCUGGAGAUAUGAAAAAGUUCGUUUCAGUUCAGGACUUCGUCAGUGAGUGUAACCAAUAUACCUUGCUUCUUUAGACUUCACUGAAAUUCAUUUCCCUGUGUUUACA